CAGCUGACUGGUCCAGCAACAGCUGGCUGGUCCAGCAACAGCUGACUGGUCCAGCAACAGCUGACCAUGGUGCAGCAACAGCUGACUGAUCCAGCAACAGCUGACUGGUCCAGCAACAGCUGACCAUGGUGCAGCAACAGCUGACUGGUCCAGCAACAGCUGACGGUGGUGCAGCAAAAACUGACUGCGGUAUAAUAGUAUUUCUCACCCUUUUUACCACAGGGCUGGCACUAGAAGCUUUCUUUGGGCCCAUGGUGGCUUAUUUAGCAGUUACAAGCACUAUAAACAAUGAAUACAAAAUGUAUCGAAUGUAUGCAUGCAACCGGCCACCCUGGCUUGUAAACAAUGACGGCAAGGCAGCUGAGGUGCUCAGGCUGGACGGACAGGUUUGGGAGGAAUCAUGAUGGGCGAGUUUUUUAUCGUUAAGCGGGCCAAAAUUUUUACACUCAAAUGCUUCGUUAGGUGGAUUUAACGUUAUGCGAUGUGUUCGUUAGGCGAGGGUCCACUGUAUUUCUCUAGAACUCCAUUUUUUCUAGCGAAUGAGUUCAAGAAACCACUCAUUUACCGAUUUCAACUAUCCAAUAAAGUGGUCAGAAUUUAGCAAUUUUGCCAAUUUCACACAAAUUUCAAAAGAUGCCAAUUUCCAAAUAGGGUCCAGGAUAAACAAGAAAGACAUACCUGGAACUGUACUGUAUUUUGUAAUAAACAAUAGAGGAAAUCAGCUCUUAUAUACAUUAUUUAGGUAUGCAUACUGGACAGAGAGCCCAUUUUAAGUCUGAGUUGUUGGUAAACGAGUAUGUCACUAAGUGAGGAGAGGCUGUAUAUACACAUGUAUAUGUACAGAAUACCACUGAGAAAAACAGUGAAAUUUUUAAGUGCUUUCAUGAUAUUUUACAUUAUCAAGGAACUAUAAAAAAAUAAAAGAGUAACAGUAAGGUACAUGAGGAUGAGACUACACUUCACGGCCACCUCAACAACACAAACACAUAGUGUUCGUGUGACUAUAACACUGUCCAUAUACUUUGCAUGUAGUUGGAUCAUCUAAGCUGAUAGGAGGAAUUUAUUUGCUCUCACAGUAUGAACUGACUGUGACCUGUGAUUGACCUGCGACCUAUUCUGGUAGUUUACCUAGUCCUGCACCCAGCCAGGGGCCAGUCUCAAUAAUGGCAUUAAAUAUUUAAUUAUGAUAUUUAUGGGGAAGCACUAAACCCAUAGGGGUUAUACAGUACAUGGGAAAUGGAAAACAAUCAGGUGUGAUCCAAGAAAGAGGAAAAUCCACUUCCUUGAAUUAAGAGCCCUUCACCAGCUUCAAGGCAUCUCCCUGGAGGGGAAUUCAGUGUUUCAACUAGGAAACCCACUUAGAAACACAAACACAGCAGCAGAGAGGGAUAUAUAAGGUGGUCAGUCCUUCAGUCUUGAAGUAGCAGUAAUUCUGAGGUGGUCAGUCCAUCAGCCUUGAAGUAAUUUUGAAUUUAUCAGUCUCUCAGCCCUGAAAGAAUAAUUUUGAGGUGGUCAGUCCCCUCAGCCUUGAAGUAAUUUCAAGGUUGUCAGUCCCUCAGCCUUGGAGGAAUAAUUUUGAGGUGGUCAAUCCCUCAGCCUUGAAGGAAUAAUUUUGAGGCAGUCAGUCUCUCAGCCUUGAAGGAAUAAUUUUGAGGUGGUCAGUCCCUCAGCCUUGAAGGAAUAAUUUUGAGGUGAUCAGUCCCUUAACCUUGAAGGAAUGAUUUUGAGGUAGUCAGUCCCUCAGCUUUAAAGAAUAAGUUUGAAGUGGUCAGUCCAUCAAUCUUGAUAAUUAUUCUGCUCCAUAGCCUCUGUUUAUUAAGGACCAACCACCUGGAUUUAUUACUUCACUGUGGAAGGACUGAGCGCCUUAAUGCACCAAACGAGUAUUCAUCAUGGUGGUUCACUGAGCAUUCUCCGAUUCCAGACUUGACCCAUGCCAGGACCCUCACCUGGUGAGGGAGACGACCUGGUGUUCAGUGGUGCUGGUUCUGGUUGUGACAUGGGUGAUGAAGAUGAGUGUAUACCUGUCUUUGAUACUGGCUCAGGCGAUGACCUUAUAACGCCUCUGUACAUCCCACCGACGCUGCCACCAAUGACCAAACCUUCACCCAAGCCACAUAUACCAGACCGCGAUGUUGGUAUUGGUGUUCGACCUUGUGACGAUGAGGAGGACUGUUGUACUGGGUCAGGCUCGGGAGAGUUCAGCACCGAAGGUGGAGUUAUUACUGAGAUUUAUAAUGGUGACGAUAUAGAUAUUGAAUUCCCUGCGAUUCAUCACCCCAUGGUUGCUCCAGGUGUGAUCCACUCUGAGGAGCACAACCCAUCUAGCAACGGUUCGGGACCUCCUAGGAAGGACCCUGGCUCUGGCCCUACCACCACCACCACAACCACCAAAACCACCACCCAGACGCCGAGGACACGACAACGACCCCAAACUACCAUGGCUACCCCCGUCGCCCCUCCCUCGCGACCGCAAGAACCUCCCUUCACGGUGACUGACUACGAACACGAGUACCCAUACCCAGAGGUGGAGUUCAACAACAACAAGAAAUCUAGUGUUAAAGAGGACCCGUUGGACCAGAUCCACAGUGAAGCUGCUGGGAAUGUCGCCCUUAUUAUCAGCAUUAUUGCAGGGGCCCUCAUCAUUGUUAUACUCAUCAUUCUACUUAUACUCAAAUUUAAGGGAUGCCAAGAUGGCACUUACAAAGUAGAUGAGAGUAAAAACUAUGAAGGCAUUCCUACCAUGCCGACUCCCAUGAUCAAUGGCCAGGGAAAUGGCACCAUAAAACCAGGUGAUCGAAGGCCUGUUUAAGAAACAAAGUAAGGAUAUCAAAGAGUGGCAUGUGUGAGUGUUAAACAUUUUUAUUGAGAGAAAAUUAUAUGUAAAGUCUCAAAAUUACGACUGUGAUCUCUAUUCUUUCUGCAA